AUGGCGUUUUUCCUUCCACGCGGCCUUCGCUGCGGGCAACUCGGAGCUCGAUGCUUCAGUCAGAGGCCGCGCUUCAGCCUGGUGGUGGAUGGCGAUGUCUUCGGGCCGAAGCACUUCGAAGGCCUCCGGGCAGCCUUGACGCGCCACGGCGAGCUGCGGAAGGGCUAUGUCUGUGCGCAGAAGGGAACUCGCUGGACUCCGCGAGACCUCCAGGGCUUGGAACUCAUCUCUGUGCCACGUCGUGCGGGCGGCAAGGAUCCCAAUGACAUUGCCAUUAGCCUGGAAGCUGCCCGGCUGGUCUUUCAGGAGAAUGUGGAUGCCAUUGCGCUUGCUGCCGCAGAUUUGGACUUUUUGUACUUGGUGGAAGUCUUGCAACGCCACGGGGCACGGGUUCUGGUCCUCUUGCCGCGCCAAUGCAACGCGGGCGUUGCACGGGCCUUUCGAGAGACGGCAGAGGUGGAAUGGUUCUCUUUUGCAGAAGAAGCUGAACGACAGCCAAAGAAGAAGAUGCUGCUGUCGUCCAAGCGCUGCAGCAGUGUCUUUGAAGACCUGAAAGCUGAAGACUUCGACCAUGGCGAGGUCGGCCUGGAGAUGAUGGACCAGCUGCGAGCCAUGCUCUUGGACUGGGGAUAUUUGGAAGAUCAGACACAAGCGCUCUUGCCGGCGGUGGCGAAGUUUGCGGUCUUACACGAACUCGAGGAUUUCCCUUUGUGGCCCAAGAGCUUGGCUUAUACCCAGCUGGCGAAGGUCAUCUCCAAGCAUGGCGUUUGGAAGCGGAAUGACCAUCGCCUGAUUUUCGUGCUUCCCUGUGGCCCAGCCACUGCCAGCAAGAAGUGGUUGGAGGCCUGUGGCUCCUCGAAAGCCGUCAGCUACGUGCGGGCGGGGGGCGCCUUCCUGCUGCGCGAGUCGGAGGCGGUGGCGCUGGAGGUCCUGCAGAGGCUCGGGUACUAUGGCGACAUGAAUGAGGACCUCAGUGAAGCCAUUGACAUCUUUGCCAGCAUGAAAUCCAAUGACCAGGCCCUUCAAGUCUCCGGGCUCUCCAUCAAGCCCCACUUUUCAGUGCACCGGAAGAUGGCCUUGCUGCACGCAGCCUUGGUCUCUCCUCGAGUGCACGGCGAAUGGCACAUUGCACCCGGCGACGACCUGGCGCGGCGCUUCUUAGUGGCGCGAGGGCUGCUGGCUGGUGGACAGGGGGCCGAUCGGAAAGAGGUGUGGAGAGCUUUGGAAAGCUUCCUGGAGCAGUCAGAGCUUCCAAGGCCCAGGAGCUACAACGCAGCGGUGAAGCAGUUGACCUUCUACGGACUUGCUGGGCGCAACGCCGAAAAAACCAUCACCCGCCGACCUUACAGACGAACCAGACACCGUCGAAGCCCCACUGGAGCCGAGCCGACCGCCGCUGCUCCCAUGGACGCCGAAGCCGCGCUCCAAGAGCCCUUCCUCGCCGAAGGCCUGCGGCCGAAGUUCCGCUUUUUACGCUUGACUGCUGCGCUGAGUGGUCUGGGCGCCCUUGCCACUCUCGCAUGGCCCUCCGGCCCUGGAAGACCUGUGGCGCUCUUGGCAUCCGACGAGGUGCCGACCUUGCGGAUUUUAGGAGGCCCCGACGCCCCUCCGCGUGAGCGCUCUUGGGUGCCGCGGGUCUGCACAGAGCUGUACGAGGGCCCCAGCUGCUCGAAUACGACGAAGUGGAAAGGGAUUGUCACACUGGAGAUUCAUGGGCGGACCAUCGACAACGUGAAGAUGCACUCAAGGGGUCAUUCUUCCGCCAUGUUCCCCAAGCAUCAGUUCGCGCUCCGCCUGCCCACCGCAAUCCCGUUGCUUGGGAUGACGCCCGCUAGGACCUGGGUCUUAGCGACCUCCUUCGUGGAUGUCUCUUUCCAACGCAACCCGCUGGCCUUCGACAUCUAUCGGCAUCUUGGUGGUUGGGCCACCGAGACUGCUUAUGUCAACGUGGAGUGGCAUGGUCAGUAUUACGGCCUCUAUUACGUGGGUCAGCGCAUCAAGUGUGGGCAAGGCCGAUUAGAUGUUUGCCAUCGAGAUCCUGACCCUGACGCCUCUGGAUUUCUUCUCACCAUUGAUUGGGCCAAGCCAGGCGAUGUCGCUCUGAAGAGCAACGUGACAUCCACUUUCUUCAAUGUGCUCUACCCGACUGGCGCGUUAAGACCACAGGAGCUCGACUUCUUGGGCACUUUGAUCAACGAGAUCGAUGUCCGUGCGGCCACGGGGCACGGCGGCCUGCAGCAGCUGGUGGACCUGCCGAGCUUUCUGCGGUAUUACAUCAUGGAGGAACUGGCCAAAGAUGUGGAUGGCUAUGCCUUUUCGAACUACGUGAAGAUCAAGAAUGGGAUGCUGUACCAUGCAGCGCCCUGGGACUUUGACUUGGCCUUUGACUUUGCCUGUAUGCCAAGAUAUUUUACCAAUAACCUGACUGGAGAGGUCCAUUUGGGAGCGAUUGGAUGGAAUGUGGAGAAUUCCAGAUCUGAUGCUCUUUGGAUCGGCCCCUCAGGGAUGCCUGGUGGGAGCGUGAAAGAGUUUGGAAUGAACAAACGGCAGCUCUUCCUGAACAUCUGGAGAUAUCCCGGAUUCCAGGCCGCUUUUGCUGGAGCCUGGCGCGCGGCGCGCGCGCGCACCUUGGGGGAUCAUGCACUGCGAUCCAUGGUCGAAAGCCGCAGCGCUGUCAUUGGCCCUUCUGCACGCCGGGACCUGCACUUGUGGCGAAAUACCAGCCGCUGCGGCUUUUGGCACUGCUGUGCUCCACAAGAUACGCAAAGCUUUGAGGAAGCGCAACGACAUUUGAUCUCCUACUUGCUGGCUCGUGCAAAGUGGAUGGAUGAAAACGUGGCCUUCUUGAAGCAUUAA